AUGUCUGAGAUCAAACAGGAGUGGCCAUUUCUCUUCUCUCAGAAAUGCCUAUUCUCACACUUUGGCCUCCUGACGGACGUCGAUGUCCUUCAGAAGCUACAGGAGAAAAUUAGUCGACGAGGACAGACCAUCCUGGAUUACUGUGCAACACUGGACAACCCCAAGAUCCAUGAUGUCCUGGCCUGCUAUGAUCCAGACUCUGACAAGGCUGCCUGCAUCCUGCUGCUCCUAAUGUUGUACUUCAAAGAACCGAAAGAGAGUUUGAUGCUUGAAGUUGAUCCAUGUGCCACUUCUGUGGACGUCAAUACUUCAGAGCUCCCCAGCACCCCCUGCUUGAUCAUUCAAGGUGACACGAUGAAGCCCUCUGGAUGGCUUAUAUCCAUCGAGGGACAUGUCGUGAUGGGCCCACACCCUUUCUUUUUGCACGGAGUAGCUGCUUUCUUCAGCAGCUAUUACGUCUUCAACCUUGAGUAUCCUGCCACUGGAUCAUCAACGCUGGAGUUCAUUCAAAGGUGCUUCCCGGGCAUCAAUCCUGAAAGAGGCUCAAAGACCAAGAAGCGGACAACAAUGAACCCUCAUGAUAUCUACAGCAGCCGCCUCACCCGAAAAGCCCUCUGCAUUGAUAGAGACUCCACCCACCCAUUCAACGGCCUCUCCAGUCUGCUGCCGUCCGGAAAAAGACUGAGAAGCCUUAAGGCAGGGCUGGUUCUCAGCUCCCGCUCCGGGGACUUUAGUGAGAAAUACUGA